UCCCCUCCCCGCCCCCGGCCCGGCAGGAGCGGCGCGGCCCGAGCGGAGCGGGCAGGGAUGGGGAUGGGGCGCGGCUCGGCGGGACCGCGGCCCCUCUGCCCCCCCCCGCGCCCCCCCCUCCGCGCCCCCCUCUGCUGCCUCCUCGGCCUCCAGCUGCUGCUCGGCGCCGCGCACCCAGACUCCAAGGUCUUCCUCAUCUACAACACGGGCUCCCAGGGCUGCCUGGAGACCAAGGACUCGCUGGUGCGACUGGCCAAGGGCUGCAACGGCAGCGCCCCGGCCCAGCAGUGGAAAUGGGUCUCCCGAAACCGCCUCUUCAACGUGGGGGCCAUGCAGUGCCUGGGGGUGUCGUGGCACGGGGGGAACAGCACGGUGGGGCUGCACCCCUUGGCCACCUACGAGUGCGACCGCGAGUCGGUGAACAUGCGCUGGAGCUGCCGCGGGCUCGGCGAGCAGCUCUCGCAGCACCUCGGCGCCCGCCCCGCCAACGCCUCCCUGGACAGGGGGGACCAGGCACGUGGCUCGCAGUGGAGGACCUAUGGCACCGAGGAGGACCUGUGCUCCGUGCCCUACUCUGAGAUUUACACCAUCCAGGGCAACUCCCACGGGAAGCCCUGCACCAUCCCCUUCAAGUACGACAACCAGUGGUUCCAUGAGUGCACCAGCACGGGGAGGGAGGACGGGCACCUCUGGUGUGCCACCACCCAGGACUAUGGCAAGGACGAGCGGUGGGGCUUCUGCCCCAUAAAGAGCAACGACUGCGAGACCUUUUGGGACAAGGACCAUCUCACCAACAGCUGCUACCAGUUCAACUUCCAGUCGACGCUGUCGUGGCGGGAGGCCUGGAAUAGCUGUGAGCAGCAAGGGGCCAACCUGCUGAGCAUCACCGAGAUCCACGAGCAGACCUACAUCAACGGGCUCCUGACUGGGUACAGCUCCACACUCUGGAUUGGGCUCAACGACCUGGACAUCAAUGGAGGCUGGCAGUGGUCAGACAACUCGCCCCUCAAGUACCUCAACUGGGAGAGUGACCAGCCUGACAACCCCAGCGAGGAGAACUGCGGGGUGAUCCGCACCGAGUCCUCGGGGGGGUGGCAGAACCGCGACUGCGGCAUCGCCCUCCCCUACGUGUGCAAGAAGAAGCCCAACGCCACGGCCGACCCCUUCCUGACGGACUCGUGGUCGGAGGUGAAGGUGGACUGCGAGCCCAGCUGGCAGCCCUUCCAGUCCAACUGCUACCGGCUGGUGGGAGAGAAGAAGAGCUGGCAGGAGGCAAAGAAGACCUGCCUGCGGAGUGGGGGGGACCUGGUCAGCAUCCACACCCUCUCCGAGCUGGAAUUCGUCACCAAGCAGAUCAAGCAAGAUGUGGAGGAGCUCUGGAUUGGCCUAAAUGACCUCAAGCUGCAGAUGAACUUCGAGUGGUCGGACGGGACGCCCGUGAGGUUCACGUACUGGCACCCCUUCGAGCCCAACAACUUCCGUGACAGCCUGGAGGACUGUGUCACCAUCUGGGGACCGGAAGGGAGGUGGAAUGACAGCCCCUGCAACCAGACCCUGCCGUCCAUCUGCAAAAAGCCGGGUCGGGUGAGCCAGGAGAAGGAGGAGGAUGACCAUGGAUGCCGAAAGGGCUGGAAGUGGCACAGCCCAUCCUGCUUCUGGCUGGGCGAGGACCGUGUCCCCUACAGCGACGCCCGCAAGAUGUGCUCCGACUACGGCUCCACGCUGGUCACCAUCACCAACAGGUUCGAGCAGGCCUAUGUGAGCAGCCUCAUCUACGGCUGGGACGGGGAGUAUUUCUGGACAGCCCUGCAGGACAUCAACGAGACGGGCGCGUUCCGCUGGCUGAGCGGGGACGAGGUGAUGUACACGCACUGGAACCGUGACCAGCCCGGUUACAACAAGGGCGGCUGCGUGGCCCUGGCCACCGGCAGCUCCAUGGGGCUGUGGGAGGUGAAGAACUGCAGCACCUUCAAGGCCAAGUACAUCUGCCGGCAGAACCUGGGCACGCCGGUGAACCCCGAGCUGCCCGGGCCCUACCCCACGCCCAGCCUCACCGCCACCUGCCCCCCGGGCUGGAGCUCCGACCCCAAACUCCGGCACUGCUACAAGGUGUUCACCUUCGAAAAGCUGCACGAGAAGAAGACGUGGAUCGCGGCGCAGGAGUUCUGCCGGGAGCUGGGGGCCCAGCUGCUCAGCCUGGGCAGCUACGAGGAGGAGCACUUUGUCGCCAACACCCUCAACAAGAUUUUUGGGGAGUCGGAGCCGGAGCUCCACGAGCAGCACUGGUUCUGGAUCGGCCUGAACCGGCGGGACCCUGCAGGGGACCGGAGCUGGAGGUGGAGUGAUGGGCUGGGGUUCUUCUACCACAACUUUGACCGCAGCAACUACGACGACGACGACAUCCGGCCGUGCGCGGUGCUGGACCUGGCCUCCCUGCAGUGGAUGCCGAUGCAGUGCGAAGCCCAGCUGGACUGGAUCUGCAAACUGCCCAAAGGUGCUGACGUGAAGGAGCCGGAGAUCACGACCCAAGGCAGCAAAGAGUGGGUGAAGUACCAGGAGGCCGAGUACAAGUUCUUCGAGCACCACUCGACGUGGCUGCAGGCCCAGCGCAUCUGCAGCUGGUUCCAGGCCGAGCUGGCGUCGGUGCACGGCGAGGCCGAGCUGCGCUUCCUGGGCCAGAACCUGAAGAAGUUCUCCAGGGGCCAGGAGCAGCACUGGUGGAUUGGGCUGAACACCUACGAGAACGAUGGGAGGUUCAAGUGGUCUGAUGGGUCCCUCCUCAACUUCAUCUCCUGGGCACCGGGCAAGCCCCGGCCCAUCGGCAAGGACAGGAAGUGUGUGUACAUGACGGCCAGCAGAGAGGACUGGGGGGACCAGAAGUGCAUGACGGCUCUGCCCUACAUCUGCAAGCGGAGCAACGCGACGGCCGUGAAGCCCUCGCUCCCUCCGGCACCUGCCCCCACAGCCGGGGGCUGUCCCCGAGGAUGGAUGCAAUUCCUCAGCAAGUGUUUCAGCUUCAAUGGCCACAACAAAGGCGAGAUAGUGAAGUGGCCGGAGGCGAAGCAGGCGUGCGAGAGCCAGGGCGCCGUCCUGGCCACCAUCUCCAGCCCCCUGGAGCAGGCCUUCAUCACGUCCAUGCUGCCCAACAUCUCCUUCGACCUCUGGAUCGGCCUCCACGACGGGCAGAGGGAGUUCCAGUGGGUGGAGGGGGAGCCCCUGCGGCACGUGAGCUGGGCCCCCGGGGAGCCCUCGGGCUGCAGCGCCUCCAGCCCCCGCGACAAGCCGACCAACUGUGUGGUGGUGUGGCACGGCUCACCCCCUCUCUUCACGGGACGCUGGGACGACCGGAGCUGCCUGGAGGAGAAGCACGGCUACAUCUGCCAGCGGAGCAUAGACCCGGCCCUGAGCCCCGCGCGGACGCCGUACCCGCCCUCGCCCACCGGCGCCCUCUUUUACCACAACAGCACUUACCGCAUCCUGCAGAAACCCCUCAGGUGGCACGAGGCCCUGCUGCUCUGCGAGACCCUCAAUGCCACCCUGGCCACCAUCCCCGACCCCUACAGCCAGGCCUUCCUCACCCAGGCCGUCAGCAGCCUGCGGGCCCCGCUCUGGAUCGGCUUGGCCGACGAGGGAGGCCGGAGCUACUCGUGGCUGACGGAGGAGAACGUGGUGUACACCAACUGGCAGGAUGGGGAGCCCCAGCAGAUCACGGGCUGCUCCUACAUGGAUGCGGACGGGAGCUGGCGCACGGCCGGCUGCGACACCAAGCUCCAGGGGGGCAUCUGCCAGCUCCGAGCAGGUGCCCCCCGCACGCACAAGUGGAGCUACAGUGGCAGCUGUCCCAAAUCGCUGGAGGACUCGUCCUGGAUCCCCUUCCGGGACCACUGCUACACCUUCCACAUGGAGAUCACCCUGGGGCAGAAGGACGCCAUGAGGAGGUGCCAGAAAGUUGGUGGCACAGUGUUGUCCAUCCAGGACGAGAUGGAGAAUGUCUUCGUGUGGGAGCAUCUCCAGUCGUACGAGGGCCCUUCCAAGGGGGCCUGGCUGGGCAUGACCUUCAACCCCAAAGGUGGCACCUUGGUCUGGCAUGACAACACUGCUGUGAACUACUCCAACUGGGGCCAGCACGACACGGGGCCCAGCAUGCUCAGCCAGAACAGCUGCUACUGGAUCCAGAGCAGCAACGGCGUGUGGCGCCUGGGCUCCUGCACCAACGUCACCAUGGGGGUCAUCUGCAAGAUCCCCCGAGUGGAGGAGAGCAGCUUUUCCAGGGCAGCCCUGCCGGAGAACACGACGGCCAUCGCGGUGGUGGUGGUGUCGGCGCUGGCGCUCUGUGCCGUGCUGGGGGUCGUGGUGUUCCUGUACCGGCGCCGGCGCAGCGCCGAGCGCGGCGCCUUCGAGAGCGCCCGCUACAGCCGCACCACCUCCAACCCCGGCGAGGCCGCCGAGAAGAACAUCCUGGUGUCGGACAUGGAGAUGAACGAGCAGCAGGACUAACGGCAGGGGGGACGCUGGGGACGGGGCCUGGGGAGGGGGGAGGACGGGCAGCGCGGCACACGCAGCCCCCCCGGCGCGGGGCAGGGGCGGUGGGGCAGGGAGAGGGGCCGGGCUCGGGGUCGGUGGGCACGAGGAGGGAGCUGGGGUCCCUCCUGCCCCACAGGUCACCUCCGGGCUUGUCCCCAGCUGCCGUGGAGGCACUUUCAGGGCUAAAGGGUUUCAAGGAAGGUUGCCCCCCUCCAAGGUCAAGAGCUUUCCAGGCUCUGAGACACCUUCCGCUUGGGAUAAGGCAAGGGCAGGUGUUCAGGGCUCUUCCCCCCAGGAACCGAGCUGGUGUCCCAGAAGACAUCCAUCCUCCCUGGCAAGAGGUCUCCGAAGCCGAUCUACCUCCCCUCCAUGUGCAGUAGCGAGGGUCCUGCCACCCCCGUCCCCACCACCGUGCCGCUCCUCUCCCCCUCCUCGGCCUCGUCCCCCCCCUCCAGCAGAAAGCAGCGGAGACGCCGCCGCAGAGAUCCAAGCGUGGACCCCCCGGGAUCAGCGAUGGGAUCCUUUCUGCUCCCUGGGAUGGGAUCUCCUCUCCUCUGGCCGGCAGCCACAGCUUGUCCCGUUUUCUUUGGUGUGUUCCCUGUCUCCCCAAAUAAGUGCAGGGGGCAGCACCGGAGCAAACUGCUGGCCAGGGCCCUCCAGUGGGAGCACCCUCGGCAUCCCCAGCAGCCCAGGCCCCGCGGGAGGAGCUGGGUGCUGUGGAACAGGGCGCUGCCAGAGAGCCGGGGCCACCCUCUGUCCCUCGCCGGGCAGGGACAGUGCGGGGCUGGGAUCACCUGCCACUGGUGCCUUGCUGGGGCCAGAAGGCCGAGGGUCAGGGCUGUAGGGUGGGGAGGAUUUGGAAGCCUUGGUGGCUGUUUUGAAGCUCGGUGGUCUGUUGGUUUUUUAAGGGAACGAUGGUAGCUUCUGUUGCUAAACUGUACUGAGUGCGUGCUGAAUAUAUACGUUCUUUCACACAGCUGGCUGGGGUGUGUGUGGUUGCCUGUUUCCCAUGUAGGGUGUAGCAGAGGAGAAGGAGGAGGAGGAGGAGGAAGGCAGUGUGUAGCUAAGCCCCUGCCUGGCUUUUAAGCUGUGCAAGAAGGAGCAGGAGUGCCCUGGGCUGAGCCAUCCUCCUCCAUCAGCUGCCGGCAGCAGCAGCCCCAGGACAGGAUGCCUGGAGACAGCGAGAGUUGUUUGGGCCCCAAGGGGGGUUCCCUGCUGGGAAUGGGACCCAAAGAGCCCCUUGGACCUCUGAAGUGGAGUGGCACAGCCCUACAGGAGAUGUUGCCUUUAGCCCUCUGCCUCCAAGGCUCAAGUUGGGGUUGGUUUUGCUGCAGCAACAGGAACAAGCGAAUUUUUGUAACUCUCUUUUUUGACACCUGCGCGGAUUUUAAAAUCUGUUGAUUUCACUUAAGCUGGACAUUAAGUGUUUAAGAAACUGUUGGGGGUGGGAUGGGGGAACAAGGGACCAUUGGGAUUUUGUUUACUUUUUGGCAAUGUUCAAAAGCUGCCACGACAUUUCAGGGUGAGGAAGAAUCUGGAGCUCACGGAGCUGCCCCAGCUCUGUUUCUCUCUCAGCUUUCUUUGCAUUUAUUUCCUGAGGUCCUCUCUGUUUUGGAGCUGUUGGUUCUGUCCACUGGCCCGUGGCUUCUUGAUGUGAGUGCUAGAUCCUGAAAAGCUGAGCAUGAAUCCUUCCUCAUCCCCAGCAUAGCCAGCAUUCCUGCUGCUGGGAUGCUUGGAAUAGCAGGAGGAAUGCUGAGCUUGAAGCUGUGCUGUUGCUGGGGAUGGAGGUCCAGGAUGAACUCCUCCUGGAUGGGCAGAGGUGUUAAGAAGUCCUAAAGAAUAAAGGUUGAGGUCAGGAUUGGUGGGCAGGAGAGAGUGAGGAGCGGUGCUGAGGUCAGGGCAGGGUUGGGCUCAUUUGGAGAAGUGAUGAGACCCUGGGCAGGGUGGGAACACAGGAGGUGUGGCUGGGAUGGUGGGGAAUUAUCCAUGCUAGAGGAAAAUCCGUGCCCUGGAGAGGCAAGGAGUGCCAGGGCUGGGAAGGAGGUCCCCCAGCCAUGCAGGAGGUGUCACCCCUGGCUCUCCCACGGCCCAACCUGGAACACCUCGCUUUAGAGAGUUUCUUUUUUUUUUUUCUUGAUUAAUUUGUUUUCUUCUCCUUUGCUUUCAAGAAAAGGAAUCUGUACAGUCUAGGUGAAAUGUUGUCUGAGAAGAGUUUUGUCAGCUGUUGGCAGUGAUCAGGAUUACAGGAAAACACAUAUAUGGUUACGUGGUAUCUCCUAUCACCAUUAGAUAAUGUGAAGAAUUGCUUAAAAGGACCCUGUCAAUUAUAUAUAUAUAUAAUAUAUAUAUAUAGUUUUGCAUUUUUUUUUACUCUCUGUGGUUUGUAAGAUCCUUUUAGAAGCUUGGAAAUAAAAUUUCCUUCCCCACUUA